GGAAGUCAGAUCGCUGCGAGAGAAUCGAUAGGAAACAUCGACUUGAACCGCCAGUCCGGCAACGCCCGGGCAUUUUGCGUCAAAAUUUUUAGUGGGAGCGCAGCUGAUUUUCCAGCGCCAAAUAAAGUUUAAGCAACAGCACACAAUGUCAGUCGCCGACACUCUAGAAUACGUGACCCUUGGCAAUCCUGUCAGCAAAAUGGUCGCUUCAUCCGCUUCCGCAGUGCUCCGCACCCUUGGUCUGCGUCCGAAGAAGGUCCCUGUGCAGGACACAAGCAUGGCUCUGCAUCCUUCAGCGCACAACUACGUGCAUCCGCAUGGAUCGCUCUACAGCCUGGCCGGCAGUCACUACCACUUCGUACGUCUGGCCGGUAUCGGUGGGGCAUCGGCCAUCUUUAUGGGAGCCUACUGCAAGUACGUCCUCAAGGACGUCGGUGAUCCCAAGGAGCAGGUGGACUCGCAGGCCUUCGCCGACGUCGCUAAUCGCAUCCACUUCUUGCACUCCUUUGCUAUGAUGGCCAUGCCCCUGGCCCACUAUCCAGUACUCACUGGGACUUUGAUGAUUACGGGCACGAUGCUCUUUAGCGGAUGUAUGUACUACCGCGCUUUGACUGGUGAAAAGCGGCUUCAGCCGUUCGCGACCGUCGGAGGAUUCUGCCUGAUGGCCGCCUGGCUGUCGCUGGUCCUGUAGGAUGAGCGGAAUGGAGACUACUUAUAUAUAUCUUAUAGCUCUUACUAAACAGUUAUGUAGUCGGAAAGGCAACUAAAGCUAUGCCAAGUUUUAACAUACAACAUCGGCUAAAAAUGA